GACUCAUCCACUUUUGGGUAUUUUGCAAACUUGCUCUAUCUUCCAUCUAUGAUCUAAGUAUCUAUUUAUCAUAAUCACUAAAUUAACCAAGUAAAUACUAGGGUCUAGGAGUAGUAUAAGAAUCUUAAUCGCCGCCCUUUCAAUUUUAUUAGCAGCUUUUCAACCCACAAGCAAAAUCCCCAAAAGUUGAAAUUAAAUUUAAUUACUCAAAAGAAUCAAAAGUAAAAGUAUACAAAACUUCACUUGCUAAGUAAAUCCAAUCCAAUCAAUGAAAGCAACAUUCCAAAGUUUCUACAAGAAGCCACUUGGGUUCCCCACCUUGUAGCUUCUCCAGGCUUUCUUCUCCUCAAAACCAUCCAACACAAAAAGCUUUUUUCCCACAGAUUUUUGGGUUCCCCAUUAAUGUCAAGUUCUUAGUUUUAAAUUAAAAGAAAAUAUUAUAAAAAUGGUGGGUAUUUUUUCUAGGUUUACUGGCAGCAAAACUGGGCAUAGAAGAACUCAAAGUGCACUUGAUGAGAGGGAGGUCGCGCUUCAGAAUCCUCAGGACACUGAAUCAGAUGUUGCACAAUCAGUUAUUGUUCAUGGUAUUGAAGUAGCUGUAGAAUUCAAACCUGUUGAACACCCAAUCGAACCUCUUGAUAGUGAUAAGCCAGUUCAGUGUCCAUUGCCAGAACCUUCCAUUUUAAAUGAUGGUAGAAUAUGGAAGGAGCGGGUUUCUGCAGCAAACGUAAUGAGAAGAACUGACUUGCCUCUUAUGAAAGAAGGGUCAACAGGUGAUUCCGAAGCAGCUACUGAGACAAGAUCACGGCCUCCUUUGCCAAACCGCAUGAUACUGCCAUCGAUAAGUGCACCUGAACAUAAUCUUGUUAAUUUGUUAGAAGAAUGCAAAUCCUCAGGGAUUAUAUGAAGUUGAUUAUACGAAGUUCUAUAUAAUGCUAUGUACACUCGAAUUUACUUGCGGUUUUUAUAUAUUUUGAAUUUCUACACGGAAGUGGCGACUAUGAUUUCACAUCGUAUGUGAAGGAUUGGUUUGUUGCAACCGCCCAUGUUAAUUCUCGUGCCGAUAUGUUAAACAAGUAUACAAGUGCGUAAUGAAAAUGUGAUUAACGUUUGUA